AUGGCUGCCGCAAUCACCCUCAUCCUGGCUAUGCUGGCCAUCCAGCAUUUGCUGAACUGUGAUAAGCAGGCAGAUGUGCUCACGGCUGAGCAGAUGCGUCAGCGUGAAGAAUAUCUCCAUCAGGAAAUGACUCGGCUGUUGCAGGAGAUCGAGCAGAGCGGGUGUGCAGAGGAAAACACUCUCCUCCUUGUGUUGCAGCAGUGGCCAUUUUGGACUUCGGCACUGGGCCUGCUCCUGCUUGCUCAAGCCUUCUGGUCGGCCAGGAAAAGUAACCUUGCCUCUGGCAGCUGCAGUGAGCAGGACAGCUCCUGCAGUGAGGAGGAAGACAACAAGGAGGAGGAAGACCUCAGUAGUUCAUGCAGUGGUGUCGGGUCUUUGGCUGUGUUCACCCCAUUACCAAUGCACGGCCUGCCCAAAACGUGCAAGCUGCUGAAGGAGCUGGUGGGCGACCUCCUUGCUGUCUGCCGAGCGCUCUGCAAAAAGACACUCAUGCCACAGAUACACCCAGCUGAUGGGAUGGAAGGCAUCUAUGAAAACUGGAGUGUCCACAAGAACAGCAUCACCUACCACCUGCCCGUGUUCCUGUGGCCACCCCCCGGGCACUCCUUCAGCGUGGAGCUGGACACCACGGGGCAGCUGCCAGCAAGGCACUCCAGCAUCCGUGUGGUGUUGGAGUGCACGUGCUUGAGGGAGCAGCUGCUGGGGGAUAUGUUGUGCUUUCUCCACCACCCUGACAAUAAGCUGCCAAGGGAUCAGAGCUCGUGCCUCCUACGCACCCUCUGCAAAGGCUCCUACUUAGACAUGGAGAAAAUCACCUGCUGGGUCCAACUGUUGGUGCAAUCAGCCUGGCUGCUUUUGCCUCAGUCGCACCACUGCCAGCUAACGGUGCUGCCCUCCUCCCAGUCAUCCUGCAGGUUCCAGCUGACAAGCACCUCCAAGAUGAACAUCUGCAUCGAGAUGAUUUUUGCAGUGCGGCAAGGCAGCCCAGGAGCCUACCUGAGCAUUGAGUAG